GGAAAACAGUGGUGCAUAAAUGUCCACAAAUACAUCGCGGCCCCAUACGAGGCCAGAAACCGUCGAUCAUAAUCCGAGCGAGCAGUUAGGCUCAUGGAUCGUUGCCGUGACCGAGAGUCGUGGCGUUGGGCGGGAGGUGGGCAUCGUCGGCUUCGAGUUCGAAUUUGGUCAAGUCGUACUCUCUCAAUUAGCGGACUCUCAAACCUACGCCAAAACAAUUCAUUGGCUUCGUCAGAGGCCACCAUCGAACUUGCUUCUAGUAGCACCUGCUUCACCGCAUGCCUUGACCAUCUUACACACUACUCUUAAACAUCUUUUCCCAACCGUCCCUCUGACUGUUCUUCCCCGAGCUAGCUUUGCCUCCGAAAAAGGUUACAAUCUCCUCCAAGAGUUCUGUUCACCUGGGCCACAAUCAGACGCAACGCUUGCUGAAGUCAGACAAAAGUACUACGCCCUCGGAGCGGCAUCGGCAGUGAUUGACUGGAUCCACAAAAGGUUCAUUCAAACUGGAAAGUCUCACUGGGAAAAACACUCGUUGAAUGUCAAAUGGCUCAGUGUUGAAGGGUGCAUGUUGAUCGACCGCAAUACCGCCCUAGAUUUAGAGUUGAUCAACAAUGCUGUUUCCUCCAAAUCUAAGCAGAGCCUCUUUGGUUUGCUAAAUCACACGUACACGCCCAUGGCCAACCGUCUGCUUCGAAGUAACUUACUUGCGCCCCCUACAGAAAUCGAAGUGAUUGACGGAAGGCUUGAUGCUGUUCAGGAAUUAAUCGAGUUGGAAGACUCCUUUUUCAAUCUUCGCAAAUCUCUAAAACUUUUGACUCAAAUAGAUCUCGACAAGCUUAUAGGCGGUAUUAAUUCGACUGAACUUGCUAGCAACAGAUCCAAUCCGUCCUUAGCAAUAACCAAAAAACUCGAGCUUUUGAAGUCACUUCGAACGAUUCUUCAAUCUCUGAAUCCGAUUCGGAGUGCAUUAUCAACCUGUUCUAGCGAGCUCCUCCGGCUAGCUUCAAAUAUCUUCGAAGAUCCCUUUUUGGAUGAAAUUUCUUCAGUCCUCGAACUCCGCGUGAAUGAAGACUCGUUUCUUGGAGUUCAAAAGGGCAGUCUCGCCAAGCAAAACGUCCAUGCCUACGCCAUCAAGACUGGUGUUGAGAACCAAUUGUUGAAUGUGGCAAGAGAAACGUACAAGGAAAAUCUAUCAGAUGCAAUGGCGAUGUGUGAAGCUUUGAAGGAGGAACAUCAUUUACCUAAGUUACAAUUUAUCUUCGAAACUAGGGCUGGUUUCAUGUUGCAAAUCAAAAAAGAUGACCUGCGAGGCACCAGUAACGAUACGACCGAUCAUCCUGAUGGCCUUCCGAAAGUCUUCACCAAUAUCGUAAAAAAGGGCAAAACCUUGCAUUUUACCUGCUUGGAUUUGAAAAAGAAAAAUCAGCUUAUCAUCAACUCUUAUCAGGAGAUAUGUCUCUUGAGAGUGUUGGACGGAAUUUUUGAAGAAUUCAAGAAACGAGUCUCGACCUUUUUCAGACUGUCUGAAGCCAUUGCUUUACUCGAUAUGCUGGCCAGUUUUGCACAUGUGGCGAGCACUCGAGAGUAUGUUCGACCGGAGUUCACCGAUACUCUGGCAAUAAGUGAUGGUAGACAUCCUAUAAAAGAGCUGUUUGAUUCCGAGAGUGACGAGUUCGUGCCAAAUGACACAUAUGCCAACGAGUCCUGCUCUUUUCAAUUGGUUACGGGACCUAAUAUGAGCGGAAAGUCAAUAUUUCUACGUCAGAUUGCCCUGAUGGUGGUUAUGGCUCAAGUGGGAAGCUUUUGCCCAGCAAAAUACGCGUCGUUUCCUAUAUUUGAUGCCCUGUUGACCUGCCUCUCAAAGAAUGAUGACAUUGAAGCAGGACUAUCGACCUUCUCUUCUGAGAUGAAGACGUUGUCGGGUAUACUUUCAUCAAUGGCGGUGUGUAGGAACUCUCUCAUAAUUAUAGACGAACUUGGACGAGGCACAUCUCCCCUUGAAGGAGUCGGAAUUGCACAUGCGUUUAGCGAAGAAAUAAUCAAAGCGAAAUCUUUCUGCUUCUUUGCUACCCAUUUUAGGGAACUCUCUUUGACGCUGAGUGUCUAUCCCAAUGUAGCCUGCCUUCACUUGGAGACCAUAUUGAGCAAGCAAGAAGCAGCAGUUGGUUUAAAGUUUCCGCACAAAGUUCUGGGUGGUACUGUGAAGAAUGGAGGCUAUGGUAUUGAGCUUGCUUCAAUUGCUGCCUUACCUCACGAUGUCAUGAGUCGUGCUAAACAGAUCUCCGAAGAGAUGUCAGGCCUAAGUACUGAAGUGGAGAAAAAUAGUACAACAAACAAAGUGUUGAGAAGGCGCAAAGUACUUUUGGAGGUAUGUAUCAUUGCAGACCCCCUGUGGUUAAUCACAUAA